GGGACUGUCAGAGGCUGGUCUCCGUGAGGAGAUGAUGGAAGACCACAUGAGCCAGUCCUCGGGAGUAGUGGGAUUACUCUGUAAUCUAACGGCCCCCUCGGGGUCCAGUAAUCCGUCACUGUGCUGACGCAGGUGUCCGUCCAGCGCGGGGGGAGUAACUAAGGCGUUACUCCACGAGGGAUCAGGUUGUUGUGUAAUCCAAUAAGCUCCAGUCCGCGUUUCCCCUCGAGCCCAUCUGGAUCUGGAUCAGGAUCAGGGUUUGUUUACUGGCGGAGACUCCUGCAGGACCGACCCACAGGCUGAGAGUCGCAGCUCCGCUUCCAGUGGCCUCGCGCGGCGGAGGGGCGUUCAGGGCGCGAACCCGACCCGGGAAUUUACUGCCGCUUUUUGGGUUUUUUUGGAGUGAAAGUGGGGGGGCGCGGAGCGUCUGCCGCUCACAAAGUGUGUGCGGGGGGGCUCGUGCGCUCAGACGGAGGAGGAGUUCCGAGCCUGGAAACCCAGUCGCUCGGGUUCCUCCGAACGCCACAGUUCGGCUCCGCGCGGCGUUUGGGGGGUUUUCUCCGGGUGUCCGUAAACGCUGCGCCACAGCAGCGAGUCACCCAGAACAGAUUACCGCCACCGCCGCGCGCGCGUACGUGCGACUCUAAACUUUUCCAGAGAGGGGGGCCUGCAGCCGCGUGCUGGAGUUCAAGUGUUCGGGAAGGGAGGGGGGCAGAGGGGCGGCAAACUUCACCUGUGGGGGGAAGAGGCGCGAGCUCCGGCGCGAGUUAGCUUACGGAGCUAGCAUAGCCGCUAGCUCCCGCCCCGCCAGUGUGUCCUCCACCCUCCAGGAGGCCACCGCCGCGGAUGAACUCUGACAAAUUCCGCGGAGGUGAACGUCAGAGGUCCGCGGGCACACCCGCCGGUCCCCCGCUUGACUGAGCACGUUUCUCCGCCCAUCUUCCGGGAUGUUUGUUUAUUUGUGUUUCCCCGCGCGCACAUGCCGCAGAGCGAGCGCGGUCCCCUGAAGUCACGCACGCCGUCGUCGGAACGAGCCGUCCCCGCUCAGGAGCUGCGAUGCGGCCGCGGCUGUCGGGCUGGGUGCUGGCCGCGCUGUGCGCCGCGCUGCUGGGCUGUCAGCCGGCGCGAGCGGACGUGUGUCCGAGCAAAGACAUCCGUAACAAUGUGACCAACCUCCAGACGCUGGAGAACUGCACGGUGAUUGAAGGUCACCUGAAGAUCCUGCUGAUGUUCAAGACCAAGCCGGAGCACUUCCGGGGCCUCACGUUCCCCAAACUCCGAGUGGUGACCGACUACCUGCUGCUCUUCCGGGUUUACGGCCUGGAGAGCCUCAGCGACCUCUUCCCCAACCUCACCGUCAUCAGAGGCAACAACCUGUUCUUCAACUACGCUCUGGUGGUCUUCGAGAUGCUGCAGCUGCGGGAGGUGGGCCUCCACAGCCUGAUGAACAUCACCAGAGGAGCCGUGAGGAUUGAGAAGAACCCCGAACUCUGCUACCUCUCCACUCUGGACUGGUCCAAGAUCCUCGACUCAGUGGAGGACAACUACAUCGUGGCCAACAAGAACGACAGGGAGUGCGGAGACGUGUGUCCGGGGGCGCCCCGGGGGGAGACGCUGUGCCCGACCACCACGCUCAACGGACACUUCAGUGAACGCUGCUGGACGCAGAAGUUCUGUCAGAAAAUGUGUCCGGUUCACUGCAAGCACCGGGCGUGCACCGAUGCCGGCCAGUGCUGCCACGAGCAGUGCCUGGGGGGCUGCCUCAAGCCCAACUCCACCAGCGACUGCGUGGCGUGCCGCGGGCUCCAGCACGAGGGGAGGUGCGUGGAGCAGUGCCCCAAGAAGUUCUUCGUCUACAAGGGCUGGCGCUGCGUCUCCUUCGACUUCUGCCAGGAGCUGCACAGCCGCUGCCGGCGGGAGAAGGAGCGCUCCAAGAGCCCCGAGUGCCACGAGUACGUCAUCCACAACGGUGCCUGCAUCCCGGAGUGUCCCUCCGGCUACACCACCGUCAACUCUUCAGCGCUCAACUGCAGCCCCUGUGCCGGUCUGUGUCCGAAGGUGUGCGUCGGUCUGAAGAUGGUGGACUCGGUCACGGCGGCGCAGGCGUUGAGGGGCUGCACCAUCCUGAACGGGAGCCUGGUCAUCAACCUGCGAGGAGGAAACAACAUCGCCGCCGAGCUGGAGGCCAGCCUGGGCCAGCUGGAGGAGAUCACCGGGUACCUGACGGUGCGGCGCUCCUACGCCCUCGUGUCCCUCUCCUUCCUACGGAAACUCCGGGUCAUCCGGGGAGAAGAGCAGGAAGUGGGGAACUACUCCUUCUACGCCCUGGACAACCAGAACCUGCGACAGCUCUGGGACUGGUCCAAACACAAGCUGACCAUCCUGCAGGGCCGCAUGUUUUUCCACUACAACUCCAAACUGUGCAUGGCCGAGAUCCGGCGGAUGGAGGAGGUGACAGGGCUGAAGGACAGACGGGUCAAGAACGAGAUCGCCCUGAAGACCAACGGAGACCGCGCCUCAUGUGAAAACCACGUCCUGACCUUCACCCAGAUCCGGACCAUGAGCGAUAAGAUCAUGAUCAAGUGGAAACCUUUCUGGCCUUCAGACUUCAGAGACCUGCUGGGCUUCAUGGUGCUCUACAAAGAGGCGCCCUUCCAGAACGUGACGGAGUUCGGCGGGCAGGACGCCUGCGGCUCCAACAGCUGGGUGAUCGCCGACGUGGACCCCCCGCGCCGCGCCUCGGAGGGGGACAAAGACCAGGCGGAGCCCGGCUACCUCAUCAUUCCGCUGAAGCCGUGGACGCAGUACGCCAUCAUGGUGAAGACCCAGCUGUCCGCCUCCGACGAGCACCAGGUCCACGGGGCGAAGAGCGAGAUCAUCUACGUCCGCACCAACGCCACCAGACCCUCUGUGCCGCUGGACCCCAUCUCCUCCUCCAACUCCUCCUCUCAGAUCAUCCUGAAGUGGAGGCCCCCCAACGACCCCAACGGGAACAUCACUCACUACCUGGUCUUCUACCAGCGCCAGCCUGAAGCCAGCGAGCUCUACAAGUUUGACUACUGCCAGAAGGGCAUGAAGCUGCCGUCGCGCGUGCCCACGCAGGUGGACAGCGGCGAGGAGAAGAAGUGGAACCAGACGGAGGAGCAGGGCCAGGGCAAGCAGUGCUGCACCUGCCCCAAAACCGACAAGGAGCUGAAGAAGGAGCAGGAGGACUCGGAGUACCGCAAGACCUUCGAGAACUACCUCCACAACGAAGUGUUCGAGAUCAAACGCUCCAGGCAGCGGCGCUCUGUGAUGGGGGUCGCCAACGCAACGCUCCCCUUCCUCACCACCGCCCCCAGCCCCACCGGGGGCACCGGCCUCCCCGAUGAGGACGAGAAAACCUUCGAAAGCACGAAGACCGUGGUCACUGUCCACGCCAAGGAGUCCACCGUCAUCUCCAACCUGAGACACUUCACCAGCUACCAGAUCGAGAUCCACGCCUGCAACGAGGCCAUCACCACGCCCUGCAGCAUGGCGGCCUUCGUCAGCGCCCGCACCAUGCCUGAAGAAAAAGCCGACGACAUCUUGGGUCCAAUCAGCUUUGAAGUCACAGAAAAUACGGUUCACAUCCAGUGGCAGCAACCAGCAGCUCCCAACGGCAUCAUCAUCCUGUACGAGGUCAUCUACAAGAGACUGGUGGACACUGAGGACCUGCACUACUGCGUCUCCAGGAAAAUGUACAAGAAGAUGCGUGGCUGCAAGCUGAAAGUGAUGCAUCCUGGGAAUUAUUCCGUGAAGAUCCGGGCCACCUCUCUGGCUGGGAACGGCUCGUGGACUCAGCCCUCCUUCUUCUACGUCCAGGAUCUCAGUGACCCUCUCUACGUUGUGAAGAUCAUCAUCGGGCCGAUCAUCUGCUUCGUUCUGUUGCUGCUGGUUUCUGUGGUCGGAUUCGUGGUGUUUAAGAAGAACCAAACCCAGGGUCCCAGCGGCCCCAUCUACGCCUCCUCGAACCCCGAGUACCUCAGCGCCAACGACGUGUACGAGGAGGACGAGUGGGAGGUUCCCCGGGACAAGAUCCACAUUCUGAGGGAGCUGGGCCAGGGCUCCUUCGGGAUGGUGUACGAAGGCCUCGCCAAAGACAUCGUGAAGGGGGAGGCGGAGACGCGCGUCGCCGUGAAGACGGUGAACGAGUCGGCCAGCCUGAGGGAGCGGAUCGAGUUCCUGAACGAGGCGUCCGUCAUGAAGGCCUUCAGCUGCCACCAUGUGGUGCGUCUGCUGGGGGUGGUGUCAAAGGGACAGCCCACCCUGGUGGUGAUGGAGCUGAUGACCCACGGGGACCUGAAGAGCUUCCUGCGCUCUCUGCGGCCGGAUGCCGAGAACAACCCCGGCCGGCCGCCGCCCACCCUGAAGGAGAUGAUCCAAAUGGCGGCUGAGAUCGCAGACGGGAUGGCGUACCUGAACGCCAAGAAGUUCGUCCACCGGGACCUCGCCGCCAGGAACUGCAUGGUGGCGCAUGAUCUGACCGUCAAAAUCGGAGACUUCGGGAUGACCAGAGACAUCUACGAGACCGACUACUACCGGAAGGGCGGGAAGGGGCUGCUGCCCGUCAGGUGGAUGGCGCCCGAGUCUCUGAAGGACGGCGUCUUCACUGCACAUUCAGACUGCUGGUCGUUCGGGGUGGUAUUGUGGGAGAUCAGCACGCUGGCGGAGCAGCCGUACCAGGGUCUGUCCAACGAGCAGGUCCUGAAGUUCGUCAUGGACGGAGGCUUCCUGGACCGACCCGAGAACUGCCCGGACAGACUACACAACCUGAUGCAGAUGUGCUGGCAGUACAACCCGAAGAUGCGCCCCGCCUUCCAGGAGAUCAUCGAGAUGCUGCGGGAGGAGCUGCUGCCCUCCUUCCAGGAGGUCUCCUUCUUCUACAGCAAGGAGAACAAGCCUCCGGAGAGCGAGGACUUCGACUUGGACCUGGAGAACAUGGAGAGCAUCCCGCUGGACCCGUCCUCCUACUCGCAGAGGGAGCAGUGCUCGGAGGAGGCGUCGCCCGUGGGGCUCCGGGGGGGCUACGAGGACCACCACAUCCCCUUCACACACAUGAACGGAGGCAAGAACAACGGACGGAUACUGGCCCUGCCGCGCUCCAGCCCCUCCUAACGCCGUGGAUCCCUCACCUCGCCACAUCUCAGGACCUCCUCUGUCUGCAGACGCCACAAAUGCACUACAGCGCCCCCCGCCCGCCGCCCGCCGGGGCCGCGGCGCCGCCGGACGGUUCUCUAGAGCGGUGAAGUGUACAGAAAAAUGCCAAGUUUCUGCUUGUCUGAGUGGAUUUUGAAUUCAACUGUGAAACAAACUCUUCAAAGCUGCUAAGCCCCGCCCCCUCCGUCAAAGCAAAAGUGCCCUUCUCUUCUGUCUGUGGCCUACGUGUGUCUGAACAUCCUCCCCCACCUGACAGGUGGACGGCCCGCCUCCUCACGGCAGUAUUCCACAUCAGCAACAACUUUUAUUUAUUUACGGAUCUUUUUCAUAUUUACAGCUGAAGGAUUCGACCAGCAGCUGCUGUAUUUUAGGGUUUAGAGGAUCCAGAGUAUAAAGAUAUAUAUAUGAUAUAAAUGUGAUGUUUUUGUACAUAGUUGUCAUGUCGUCGUUCUGUAGGUUUUCCUGCUUAGAAGAAGCUUUUACAUCUUAUUCUCUUGUUUUUUCUAAUGCAGAAAUCAGAAUAAUUUGCUUUUUUUUGGACUCGUCAUCAACCAGCAGCACUUGAUCUAUUGACCUCACCUGUGUGGGGGGGUGGGAGGGGGUGUAUGUAACCUGCCCUUCAUGAUCAUUAAACGAGUGCUGAAAA